AUUAACGAACGUGAAUACAGAGGUUGUAAAAUAGUGUUUUCAAAUAAGGAAAUUUUCAGUGUUUGUUUUUUAUAAAUCAAAGUGAAAAGAAAAUGUCACCAAAAGUUUUGGAAUUGUUAACUCUGGACAAUGAUGUGUUUAAAUCGUACGUGUUUUGGUCCGGGGUUUUGGUGCUUAAAAUGAUAGUGGUCAUGCCACUGUUGACGGGUAUACAAAGAUUUACCACUCAUACUUUCGCCAACCCCGAAGAUUUGUUAUCCAAAAAGGACAAGGUCAAAUUCGAUGAUCCCAAUGUUGAACGUGUACGCAGAGCCCAUCGCAAUGAUAUGGAAAACAUCUUACCCUUCUUUGCCAUUGGCCUCUUGUACGUCUUGACCAAUCCAGCUGCCUUUUUGGCCGUCAAUCUUUUCCGUGCCGUUGCUUUAGCUCGUAUUGCUCACACUUUGGUUUAUGCCGUCGUUGUUGUACCACAGCCUGCCCGUGCUAUCUCCUUCUUUGUGGCAUUGGCCGCCACUGCCUACAUGGCCGUGCGUGUUGUUAUCUUUGCUCUCUAAGCUAUGAACAAUUAUUUUCCAGUUUAUUUACUUUAAUUUAAAGUAUUCGUGUUUUUUAUAAUUCGUAGAAUAAUAAUUAUUGUUGAAAACAAAGUUUAAGACAAAAUAUUUUUGUAAUAAAAAAAAAAUUGAGUAACAUAGCAAGAAA